AUGCGCGGAUUGGUGGACCUCAACACGAUUCCUGACAACUCCGUAUCGACGUGGUCGCUGGAGGGGCCGCCUGGACUGAGAAAGGAGAGCACUCCGGGGCAGUUCAAGCUUGUGGGGCCUGUUGUUAUCAACGUGCUCAGGGUCAUUCGGCCGCAGUUCACGCCCAUCUUUGCCGGAUGGCUCUCUUCCAACUUCUCGUCAGACCCUGCCACGUGGACGGCGUUCAUCGCGCCACCCGCAGGCCCGAACGAGUUCGCAAACCUAACCUUCGACAACCCACAGGUGCAGAUCUGGGGCGGGCGCUUCCCCAUCGACAACACCACGAGCGGCUACUCCUUCCAGCCUAACAACACCAAGCUGCUCUUCUCCCGCGUCUCCGGCUCCCUCCUGCGCAACAACGUGGACGAGCAGAACAUCGUCGUUGACAUUCCCGAGGCUAAUGCGCCCACUCUCAAUGGGAAAUUCAUCCGCCGCGGGAAAAUCUUCGAGCUCCUUUCUGGCGGAUCCUUUGACGUGCCGCUCCGCUCCGUGAUCGAAGCUCUUGGGGGUACCACACCCCCCGGGCCCACCCCGCCUGGAGCAGCGGCAGUUAUGCGUGUGAACCUUAACCUGCAGGGGAUUGGGCAGCAGCCGCCCAGUGCCCUCCGCCCCUACCCUGCCCCCUCUGCUCCGGGCAUAGAGCCUCCCCCUCUGGCUGGUGUCCCCACUGCUGCUACUACUCCCCCAGGUUGCGCACCUGUGCCUGCCCCUGCACCUGCCCCCACCCCUGCUCCCACCCCAGCCCCUGCGCCUACACCUGCUGCUGGGGGUAAGAACCCUCCCCCUCCUCCUGGGGCUGCUCCUGGCCGUGCUCCUGGGGCUGCACCCGGUGCUGCUCCCGGCGGGGCUCCUGGGGCUGCACCCGGUGCUGCUCCCGGCGGGGCUCCUGGGGCUGCACCUGGCCGUUCCCCUGGUGCUGCUCCAGGAGCUGCCCCCACAGGUUGA